GCCUCGGCGCCGAGGCGGAGGCAAGCAGCAACAGCAGCAGCGGCAGCAACACCAUCCGUACUCCCACGACUACCACCAUCACCAACAGCCCCACGCAUCGCAGGGCUCGACAGUCCCUCCGGGCCCCAGAAAGCACUAGUGGAAACUGAAGAUGGCGAGUCUGGGACCCCGGGAGGAGGAGCAGGAGCAGGAGCAGGAGCAGGAGGGAGGAUGCCGUGCGCGGGCAGCCGCGGUGGUUGCACCGGCUGCUGCGGUUGCCGAGGAGGAAGAGGAGGAGGAGGCUGCGCCCGCGGCAGCGGCGGACACCGAGCCGGGGGCCGAGGCCGGGGCCCCCCCGCCCUUGAAGGAGACCGCGGCGGGGUCCCGGCCGCCGUGGGAAGAACAGGAGGCGGCCGGCGGCCGCGUCGCCGCCGCGGUGACUUGGCUGCUGGGGGAGCCGGUGCUGCUACUGGGCUGCUGCGUCGGGGAUGCUUUGAGCUGGCGGAGGCCACUCCGCAGCCUGCUGGGCUUUGUCUGCGCCAACCUGCUGUUCUGGUUUCUUGCACUGACACCCUGGAGAGUGUAUCACCUGAUUUCAGUCAUGAUACUUGGGCGUGUAAUUUUGCAGAUAAUAAAAGAUAUGGUAUUAUCUAGAAUGAAAGGUGCACAAUUGUGGAGGAGUCUCAGUGAAAGCUGGGAAGUGGUAAAUUCCAAAGCUGAUGAAAAGCCCAGACUCAGCCAAUGUAUUGCAGAAUCAUGGAUGAACUUCAGCUUGUUUCUUCAAGAAAUGGCACUGUUUAAGCAGCAGAACCCUGGCAAGUUUUGCCUCCUGGUCUGCAGUGUGUGCACAUUUUUUACAAUCUUAGGAAGUUACAUUCCUGGAGUCAUACUCUCCUACUUUGUAUUACUCUGUGCCUUUUUGUGUCCACUGUUUAAGUGCAAUGAAUUUGGACAAAGAGUAUACAGCAAGAUCAAGUCAUUUCUGUUGAAACUAGAUUUUGGAAUAGGAGAAUAUAUUAACCAAAAGAGGCGAGAGAGAUCUGAGGCAGAUAAAGAAAAAAAUCACAAAGAUGACAGUGAAUUAGACUUUUCAGCCCUUUGUCCUAAGGUUAGCCUUACAACUGUUGCCAAAGAGCUAUCCGUGUCUGAUACAGACAUAUCAGAGGUAUCUUGGACUGAUAAUGGGACCUUCAAUCUGUCAGAAGGAUGUACUCCACAAACAGACACUUCUGAUGAUCUUGACCGACCCAGUGAACAGGAGGAAGCUUUCUCCAGAGAUCUUUCAGAAUUUCCAUCUCUAGAAAAUGGCAUGGGAACAAAUGAUGAAGACGAGUUGAGUAUUGGCUUGCCCAUCCAGUACAAGAGAAAAGAGCAGGUGGAUAGUGUUCACAGACAGAGCAAAGACAGGCAGCUAGCAGCUGGUCUUACCCUUCCUCUGAGCAGUGACCAGACCAUUCAGUUGAUGGGUAAUCUUGCUGGUGAUGUCAUUGUAGCUGCAAUGUCUGCUGCCAUCAAAGACCAGUUGCAGCAGGGAACGCAGAAAGCAACUUCCCAGCCUGCACCUAGCCCAGGGGAAGACACAGACACAGAAGAAGGUGAUGAUUUUGAACUACUGGACCAGUCAGAGCUCGAUCAGAUCGAGAGUGAACUGGGACUUACGCAAGACCAGGAUGCAGAACCACAGCAAAAGAAAUCUUCGGGCUUCCUUUCAAAUCUGCUGGGAGGCCAUUAACUUGGGAAUCAGAGCUUGCAACAGAGCAGAAAUAAACCACAAAAAAAUUUAAAACAAACAAAAAGAAAAAAAAGAAAAUUAUAUGAGCUGUGAGCUUUAACUAUUACUUUAGAUUUGUUGUCCUAUUUUCCCUUCUGCAGUGAAUUAACUGGAUAUAUAUCAGCUGAAACUGAAAAUUCAAUGUUUCUUAUCAUUAUACCUUGACCUAAUAGCAUGGAAACAAAUUCUAUAUCCACUGUGUUAUUAGAAAGGAAUGUUUUCUUUAAAAAGAAAAGUUCAAAUUUUAGAAUCAUACAACUCUUCAAGUAUUCUCUAUUCUUUUCAUCAUACUUAAUCUUUCAAGUCUGCAGAGCAGUUUACUGUGACACAGUCAAAGACAGACAUUGCAAACAUAAUAUAAAUAGCUUUAUGCUGUCCUUUCCCCCACUAUUUUUUCUUUCCCCCUAGUAUUACAAAACAUUUAAAAAUAUUUGGUGUUAAAGAAUCCUCCCAUCAUUUCUUUUUUAAAAAUUAAGAACUUGGAUAGCACUAUCAAAAGUAAUUAACUAGGAAAGUAAAAUGAUUUUACAUAAACCAUUAUUUUAAACUCUUUGGAUAGGCUGAUACAUUUCCAGGUUAUUUCUGCAGUUGUGGGCUUAUAGAUUUGUAAAGUGGCCUGCUCCUAAAUCAAUUGCCAUCAAGAAGCAAGUAUUGCUAUGUUAUGUAGACGCUGAUCAUGAUGUAAACAGACAAAAUUUCUGUUGUAUUUUGUCUUCUGUUUGUCAAAUGCUUGUGAUAGGGAUUUUGUGAGUGCUGAUGUUUAACAUAAACAGGCCUUCUUCCUAUACAGAUAUGGGCUGAAGAUAUAUUUAUUUCCUACAUUAGUUGAUGAAACAGUAGUCCCUAAAACUGUGGAGUUCUCCAGUCUAUGCUGUGAUUUGUGAAUGUCAGUUGCCUAGCAGAAUUAUUUAGUCCCAUACCCCUUGUCUGGGACGUUUAAGCAAGAGAGGAAUUCAGUUUGUUUGGAAAUGUAUUUAUUUGUCAUUUUAAGUCUACACGUGUAAUCUCUUGAUGAUUUGGGUUCUGGAAUAGAUUUUAUCUAUCAUAAUAUUACAAAAGCCUUUUUGGAUAAUCUUUAAAUAACUAAAUUUGUUAUAAGGAACAGAUUUGUUAUUAAGAAAUGAAGAAAGACAUUAAGCCAAUUUAUUAAUGUGAAACUUUGAGAAGGGUUGAGGGACCAUGUCAGCUAUUAAAAAAACCAACCUACUAUAGCUGGCAUUUAAAAAAAAAUGAACAUGGUCACCUGGGACCCUCAGAAAGGAAGGGAUAAUCCCAGCAUAUAGGAAGCCUAUUUUUCUCUCAUUUUGUUUACCUGCCUUAUCUUCCUAAAGAAAAUUUAUAAGUAAUCCUACAUUUUAAUGUAGUGUACCUUAUUUAUUUAUUUUUCUUUCUGAGGUAUUAAAAAUCUAGACUGAAUUUGCCAAAUAUUGUAGGGAGAAAAGUUACAUAAGACUUUUGACAUUUCCUAUUUGUCACUGCUGUGUUUUUGUGUCUGUAGGUGCCUAGUGGCUGUGUUUGCUUGUCCUUUUUGGUACAAAGUGAGUCUGUGCCUUUGUUAUCUUGCCCAUUCUGGAACAAAGGAAAACUAUUCGUUAAACAAAUUGUGUGGUUUUGGGGAAAUAUGUCCUAAUUCCAUUCAAUGAAAGUUUCUGGGCAUGAAGAAAAAGCUAUAUAUUAAUAUUGUAAUAGUUUCCAGCUUCUUUCUUCAUAUGUGCUUCCUCAUAAAAACAUUCUUGUCUAAACUUAGAGAAGCCAUUUCAAUUUCUCAGUUGAGAAAAAAAUACAAGUGUCCCCCUCCCCCCUUAGUGUACCUGUAAGACAAUCCAGGUAGUAAUAAAAGUAUAAAGAGGACAAGCCUAACAGAAGAUUGUCAAGAGUUGACUUGUGUGAUGGAUAAACAGUGAAAGGUUAGAGGGUCAGAUAUUUAAAAAUAUAUAAAUUAAAAGGGGCUUGGGGUGGGGUGGGGUGGGAGUUGGCUUGGGAAAAGGUGUUACCAGGAUUGCAAGUAUAGUAGAUCAGACAUACUAGCUUUCUUUAAACAGUGGCAUUGUAAGCAAGUGUGCACUUUAAUGCUAUUUGCUCAAAAAUAAAUGUGAUUAUAAUGUAUCCAACAAAGCAGAACUCUUCUCAAAACAUUAAUUAAACCAAGAAACAUGUAAAGAAAGGAGUAGUUGUCAAGGCUUUUUGUAUAUAAUCCUUUUUCUGGUUUUGAGAUAUAGUUGUAAAUCAAUUGUGCAUUUGCCCUUGUGUUUGAGAACUUGUGUGUGUCAUCUGGCACGUUAAAAAAAAAAAAAAAGCAGUGUCCCCAUAGUGAUCUUGCUACACAUGCUUUAUCACAAGAACAUACUAUGGCGUUUUACCUUUCCCCUGUAACUCUUUAAAAAUGUUUUUAAAUCUCCUAUCAAAUCACAAAGAAUUCAGUCAAAGUGAACCAGGUGUACCUUUUCAAUCCUAAAUGUAUUAGAGUAAUUGUUCUCUAAUUUCAUGCAGAAGAACAUUCUGAGUAACAGUAUGUACUAAUAGAGUAUGGGUGAUUAUAUACUAUGGGGUUUUUUUUUUUUGGCUUUUGGUUUUUUUUUUUAAAUAACAGAACAAGGCUAGAGAAGUGGAGGUUUGCUAUGUUGGAAGAUCAAAUUGGACUUUGAAGAAAAGACCAUUUUCUCAUUUUGAAAGGCCUUUGUUUCUCCAUCAUUUAGCUUAAAAAUAGAUUCUUCCCCACCGAGAACCUUUUUAGAAUCAUAGACUAUUAGAGCUGAAAGAGACCUUAGAAGUCAUCUAAUCCAAUCCCUUCAUUUUACAGAUAAAGAAACUGAGGCCCAGAAAGUAGAAUGUAAGCUUCUUUGAGGGCAGGACCUGUUGAGUUUCUGUUGUUUUCUUUUGGUCUUUGUCUCCUUGGUGCCCAGCACAGAGCCUUGAAUGUUACAGGCACUUAAUGAAUGCUUAUUCAAUUGAAUUAAUAAAGAAACAUCUAUUUUACAGCCAUGUAACAAGAGGGGAGAAAAGCAAUGCUCUUUAAUGAAAUUAAACUUUUGGUAUAAAAAAUUGAGGGAUCUUAUUUUAUUUCCUCCAUUUUAAGGGAGGAAAUCACACAACUUAGAAUAAUAUUUAAUUUGCCUUGAGUUUUAAAAAUAAGAUAUUUUUCUAAGAUAAAUAAAGCAACUUAAAAGCAACUUUGACAUUCAUAUUAAGCACCAUUUGUUUAAGAAGUUUGUGCUUAAUGUUAACAUUUUCCCAACAUUUGUGCAGAAUCACUGUGCUUGGCAUUUUGGGAGAAACAGAUUAAAUCAGCAAUAGUUAUCUGCCUUCAUGAAGUUUACUGGCAAGUUUGAGGAUCAGGUUAGGAUAUUUUAAAUACAUUUAUGAUUUGAACCACUCAAAUUAUCCUGCUACAGUUAGUGGUGAGAGUGGAAUUAUUCUGGGAGAUGUGACUAAACUACCAUUUAAUGAUAGAUGGUAAUGCUAGGAGGUCCAAGAAUUAGAUAUUUAUGCAUUCCUAUCCCUCUUUUCCACUCCUUUGUUAGUCUGGCCUAAGCUAGAUGGAAAUAAGCAAAUCUGGGUUCUGGUUCUAUUAUUAUGGCCUGAAGUAAGUCAAUUUACUGCCCAUGUGCCUCAGUUUCUCCUUCCAUAAAAUGAGGAUUCCAGUACUUAUUUUCACUCUACCUCACCAUGAUAUUGUGAGAGCAAACAAGAAAGUUGAUUCCUCGGACAAAAGGCACUGUGUAAAACCAAGGUAUUCAUUAUUAUUUCAUAAUGUAAUUUAUGAUGUCUUCCUUUGAGCAUUACAACAAAGGCAACAUACAAGUGCCUACUCAAGUGAAAACUGGUAAGAUUUUCAUGGCUUUGCAAAAAUGCAUACUUUCAUAUACUGAUGGUUUUAUUUUUUGAAUUGUUUAUGAAGGAAGGCUAAAAGACAAUUUGUUAUAAUUGAGCAGAAUUUUGUGAAAUAUUAAAAUCAAUUUUUAUUUAGAUUUGGUUCCUUAUUCACUCUUAACUGAAUAAGAAAAACCUUGGGCUAAGAAGAACCCCCAGAAGUCAGUUGGUCUAUUCAGACUAAAGUCUAUGAACCAAACACUGUGACAGAUAUCUUAGCAUCACUUCAAGUUUAAUGUGAAUGUAACGUAUUAAUCACCUGUAGACUCCAUAUAUCUAGAUAACCAGAAAUUUAGGAGGUUGCAAAAUGUCUUAAAACUGUUUAUGGAAGUAUCCUUUGCAGCACUUUACUUAACAUGAAUGUUUUAUAAACAUGGAAUAAUUGAUAGCAAUUGUUUGUAAACCAUUUAAUAAAUGUCUGUUAGUUUUUACCUUUCA